AUGGCCCGCCCUUCACUACCCUCAACCUCGAAACACAGUAGCACCCAUAGCCGAUCGUUAUUGGACACCAAAUCAUCUAAGUACUUGGAGCAAAAGGAUGUUGCACUCGAGCUUGCAGCUUCGAUAGUGCAAGGACAAGAAGAAAAAGCCCGAAAAAAGGUUGAAAAAAAUCGGUCGGCACAUGCGGCAGAGAAAUACACAACCAUCUUUCAGAAGGCUGCGAAAGCCAGUGAUCGACGCGACCCAGGAGACACACCCUCUAAGUCGUCUUCAAAAGCACGACUGAAGGACAAGAAGGCUGCUAUCACCGCACAGAGGCUUCACUCCAAAAAGGAGAAGGCAAAGGCGCGGAAAAAGGUGUCGAAGGGGGUCACCACCGGCAGCAAGAGCGAUUCUCCUGUCAUUAGGAAGAGCCCUGGUAUUGCUUGUGGUACCCUGGUGCCGAUGGCUAGUAAAGAGUCUAGCACUCUUCGCGGUUGA